UUAUUGGAUGGCUAUGAUAAUAGACUUCGUCCUGGAUCUGGAGGUGGUGUUACAGAAGUAAAGACAGACAUAUUUGUCACAAGUUUUGGACCUGUUUCAGAUGUUGAGAUGGAGUACACCAUGGACAUGUUCUUUCGACAGAUGUGGGUAGAUGAGCGGCUCAAAUUUGAGGGUCCCACUGAAAUCCUGAGACUAAACAACCUCAUGGUGGACAAAAUAUGGACACCAGACACUUUCUUCCGCAACUCUAAGAAGUCCAUUUCUCACAACAUGACCACACCCAAUAAGCUUUUUCGAAUCAUGCAAAAUGGGACAGUACUUUACACUAUGAGACUUACAAUCAGUGCCGAAUGUCCAAUGCAACUGGAAGAUUUCCCUAUGGAUGGCCACGCCUGCCCUCUUCGGUUCGGAAGCUAUGCCUACACCAGCAGUGAGAUUGUCUUUACCUGGAGAAAGGGUCUAAGUGCAUCUGUGGACUGCCCCAAAGAGUCAAUGAGUCUUCUGCAGUAUGAUCUGGUGGGACAGGCAUUGUCCAGUGAGAUCUUCAAAUCAAACACAGGUCACUACUCUGUGCAGGUGGUCCAUUUUCUUCUCCAGAGGAAGCUGGGAUAUUACCUCAUACAAACCUAUAUACCCCUUAUAAUGGUGGUGGUGCUGUCCCAAGUCUCCUUUUGGAUAAAUAAAGAAUCAGUUCCUGCUCGGACAGUUGCAGGCAUCACUACAGUGCUGACCAUGACUACCUUGAGCAUUAGUGCGCGCCAGUCUCUUCCCAAAGUGUCCUAUGCCACAGCCAUGGACUGGUUCAUCGCCGUGUGUUUUGGAUUUGUGGCAUUUGCUCUGGUGGAGUUUGCAGCAGUGAAUUACUUUGCCACCAUCCAAGCCCAUCGUUUGAAGGAAAAGAACUCCAAACAGGAGAGGCUGGAGGUGCUGGCAGAGGAGGAUGAGGAUGACGAUGACAAUGCUUCGACAGACAGUAACCCCCGGGAAGGCCUCAAACGGAGAAACCACUCCAUGUGUCGUAGUGAGAGAAGUGAAGAGCCUUCACCGGUGCCAGUCCCCAUAUUCCUGCAGCAGGGAUCAGCCUUUCCUCAGAUCCCACAGUUAGCAGGAACCAGCCCCAUUGACAAGUACGCCCGGCUGCUCUUCCCCAUGGCCUUUGGUCUCUUCAAUCUGGUCUACUGGUACAUUUACCUGGCCAAAGACACAAUGGAGAAGCCCAGGCAAUAUGAUCAGCAAAUCUGAACCUGGGACAUUGGAUUGGAGAGCGCAGAGCCUUGUCUCUACGUGAACAGCCUCUCAGCAUUUGCACUCCUCUCAUCUAACAAAGGCAAAUGAAUCGCAUUCAUUUCACAGGCUCUGACCAAUGCUCACACUGUUGAGAUCAGUACAGUGUGCUUUAAAGAGCCCAUAUUACGCUAUGUUCUGAUCUAUGGUAUUAUCUUCUUUCCUAAUCAAAACAUACCUGGAAUUUCAUUUUCAUUCACACAUGUUUCACACACAAACCCUGCAUAUUUAGGCUGAGUUCUUUUCUCAAACAUAA